AUGGUAUUGUCGCAACUAAGAGUACUGACUAUCGGACAAAGUCCAAAUAUUGCGUUUUAUACAUGGCGGUUGUCUCUUAGAGAAGAUGUCGACUUGGUUCAUGUCAGUGGUCACGUGGGCGAUGGUGUGUUUGAGAUGAAGACCGAGUGCGGGCACGAGACUUAUAAGGUGAAGCGGGCUUUUGAAUCAUUGGAUGUAUUUAUUGAGCAGCCUGACGCGGGUGUUUUUGAUUUGGUGAUUUUGAGUGCUAGUUCAUUGCAAGAAAUGUCCUCCAUGGGAGUGAAAUUGGGAUCGGUUGUAAAGCCCAGUACAACUAUAGUGAUUGAGAGUUCCGGUUAUGUAUAUUUAGAGCCGUUUGUGCGAAUUAAAGCUGCUGAUGGAGAGGUUCGGGUAUUCUCUGUUGUCACUGAUUAUGAUAUUAGACAUACGGGCGGGAAUUCGUUUGCACAGUUUAAUGCAAAAAGUAAGCAGCAUAUAUAUAUAGGGCAGAGUGGAAAGCGGAACAAGAGUAUCUCGAGCAAAUAUUCAAAGGAAACGAUUUCGCACCUAAAAACGUUACAAGGUUUUUUCCAGAAAUUGUUGCCCGAGGAUGUGGUUGAUCUUUGUAAUUCCUCGUACCUGGAGUUCCUUUCACAGCAGUGGAAGCUGGCACUACCACAAAUUUGUUUUGAAUCUUUGCUUGUACUGCUGGAAGAGCUAGAGCCAUCGAAACUUCAACAUCAGGUUUUGGCUAAACCUUUGAUCUCGGGUUUUGUAACGGAGAUUAUUACCCUUUCACGCUCAAUGGGCGCUAAAUUGUCACAACCAUACGAUAAUGAAAGUCAGCUUUUCAAGCACUGGGUUAAUAUGAACAAAGCGGAAAUGCCAAAACUAUUAUACUACUUUAUGCAUAGAUAUGCGCCAAUGGACAUUGACAUGCUAUUAUUGCAACCAAUUUUAUUGGCAGAUGACCAUGGUAUCAAGACUCCUUACCUUGAGUUUCUAUAUGCAAUGAUGUGUCAGUACCAAAAAAUGAACGACGGUGAGUCGAGGUGGUUUGUGUGCUUGAAGUCUGCUAACGCGAAGCAGGAGGAGUUAGUGCAGCAGAUGGAGGAACUCAGGACGGAAGCUGAAAUGCAGGAAAAGGCCUAUGUGGAGAAACUGCAGCAAAAGGAUCGCGAAAUGCAGGAACAAAGUCAGAGGUACUUUAAUGAAAUCAAAAUGCUCAAAUCCGAAGUUUAUAGACUGCAUGUGCAUAUGAAUUCGGAAAAAAGAAAAGUGGCACAGGUAAAAUCACAACUUGCCAUAAUGAAACUUCCAAAGCCAGACGGCGAACUAUCUCCAGGCGUUUUUAUGAAUGGCCAUGGUCCUAAACUACCACCUAUAGAUACUUCCGUGCCAUCCAAUCCAGGACGCGUCCCUGAGAUUACCUCGCCCAUUGCGACUGGCGAACAGCCUUCAAGUUGUGGACAACCUCCAGCCGCUGAACAACCUUCAGCUGGUGAGCAACCUUCAGCCGGUGAGCGGCCUUCAAGUGGUGAACGGUCAUCAAGUGGUGAACGGUCUUCGAGCGGUGAACGGCCUUCGAGCGGUGAACAGUCAGCUACUAACGAAAGCUCUAGCACCCAAGAUGAGAGUUCUCCUACUACACCUCUUCUAAGCGAUCUGCAGGAGUUUGCAAUGUACGGCAUCAUGUACAAUGAAUCAACGCCGGUUGCCUCUCCCUCUCCGAAUGGAAAGCAUACAGAUGCAGGUUAUGUUCCUGGCAUAACAGAAACUAUGAAUAGCCAGAGAAAGCCCCUUCCUCCUGGAAUCGCUCUCCAAGAACGCGAACUGGAGCUGAAGAAAAGAGAAGUCGAACUGCAGGAGCGCGAGCUAGAGCUUCAAAGAAGAUUUACCCACCAUCCAAUGGUCCCUCUUCAUCCAACUCGUAGAUCUACCAAUCCGGUCUUCAAUAUCACACCUCUGCAAAGACCCGUUGGCUCUGGCAGACCUACCCACCAGUAUAGCCGCGCGAAUAGCUUGGCAGGUAUAUACCCCCCACAGAGGACAGCUGUAUCUUUACCGCACGGAACGGGAACUCAGCUCAUCAAAAAGACGGAUAGAAAGCACAGGCAAAACCAACUCAAAAACAUCAAGAACGCCUCCAACACCGCGCUGCAUGACUUCUCCAUCCGCAGCGAGUCUCAAUCGGGUGAUUCACGCUCAAGAUCUAAUUUCCCGCAGCCAAAGACAGGUGCUGUACCCCCUUCGCCCUUCCCAGCGGCCUUAACAACACCAACCCCCUCGCAGUCUCGAGUCGUAAGCACCUCUUCCACUGAAGAAGUCCUUACCCCCAACACCGUGGCCCACAACGACCUCUCACAACCCCAAAAAAGCGCAGCAGGCAGCGCUCCACUUCUUCUGCCUUUGGGUCCUGCAACCAAACCAACUCUCAAUGGCUAUUCGACCACCGAUUCUUCCACAAGCUCUGUCAACCUUAGCAAUUCCUCCAACCAAACUACUUACCCAGCUAGGCCAGUAAACUCAGCGCUUGAGGGUAAGACUACCCCUCCAAGCAGUAGUAGCUCAGUUGAGAAGAAACCAAAGUUUAGCCUCUUCAGGAAGAAUAAAUCUAAGUAG